AUGGAGGAGUGUUGGUAUAUGGCCAUGGGAUCUAGCACAGGUUUUAAAGCGCUUUACGAGAACCAGAAUUAUUCUUGGAUACCUUCAGCAGCUCACCACGAGAACUCCUUGCUUAAAAUCCAUGCCCAGGGCCUUGAAGAUACCUUGGAUGGUGGUGCUAUAUUCUACUCUCCAACAAACAUCCAGAGGUCUCGAGACCUCCAGGCAGAGAAGGAGGCAGCUGAGGCAGCUAAUAAAGCUUCAAAAGAGCAGGCAAAACUUCUUCGACAACAGGCCAAAGAAGAGAAACAGCGCCAGAAGGAAGAGAACAAGAGAAUAAAGGUAUUCGAGAGGCAACAGCGCCUGGAGAAGGAGGAGCGGAAAAAGCGUGAGAAAAAAGAGGCUUGCCUGGCCAAGAAGGCGGAGCAGCAGCUUUAA